GCGGCGCCGAGGCCGCCAGGCCCACAGCGCCCCCUCUCGGCGCCCAGCCUCCCUCCAGCGCACGGGCAGAAAAGAUAGAGGUGCCAGCUUCGGGUACCCUAAAUGUGCCAAGUGGAGUUUGAGCUGGCCUGUGCUGCGAUCAAGCAGCUGAAGGGGCCCGUGAGUGACGAGGAGAAACUGCUGAUAUACAGCUUUUACAAACAGGCCACCCAGGGGGACUGCAACAUCCCUGCCCCCCCAGCCAAUGAUGUGAAAGCCAUGGCCAAGUGGGAGGCAUGGAACAGGAAUAAAGGGAUGUCCAAGAUGGAUGCCAUGAGAAUAUACGUUGCUAAAGUGGAAGAGUUGAAGAAAAAGGACACUGGCUAGGACACUUUAGCCGACUGAAGUAGCCUGGCUCGUCUGGUAGGGAAUGGGCUUCUUAGAAGAAAUGUCCUGAAGGGGUGGUAGGGU